UGUACACUGCAUUAGCCUAACUGAGUUUCUGGCAUCUCUCUUCGUCUCUUAAAGCCAACAUGGUGGGCGUUCCAGUAGUUGCAGCUUUGGGAGGUGCAGCCGGCUUGGCAGUGGCCACAGUUGCUGUCCCAGUAGCACUGGGAGCAGCAGGCUUCACUGGAGCUGGAAUUGCAGCUGGCUCUCUGGCUGCAAAAAUGAUGUCGGCAGCGGCCAUCGCCAAUGGUGGAGGAGUAGCAGCUGGGAGUGCUGUUGCCGCACUUCAGUCAGUCGGUGCUGCUGGGCUGUCCACUGCUACCACAGCUGCAGUGACAGCUGGCGGAGCACUGCUGGCUGCCAUCUUCCCUUAAGAAGAAGACACACAUACGCAGAGGCCAUAUCUACUUGGAAAAGCAGUACUUGGAAGAUUAUGCUUUGCCUCCAACGGCAUAAAUGCCCUUAAGCAAAAUGUGAUUUUAAUCAAUGCUACGUUAUUCCUAUUGGCCAAAAUGUGCAGCAACAAAUAAAGCUUUGAGAGUUUAACA